CUCUUACAGACAGUGCGGCGGCCCAGGCGUCGCGUCUACGCGGGGGAUUACAGUAACCCGGUUGUCAGUGAUGAGUCAGAGUGCGUGGUGCUGAUGCUGCUGCCAUUUCAUCACCUUUGCGAGCGCAGCAUCCAUCCCUCCGCUAUCCGGGCGCCUGGGCCUACCCAGCUUAGGGUUCCCAGGUCAGCGAUGCGCUCGCAGCUGAGCUAGAUCCUGCCGAGCCGCGCUCUCUGAAGCGUCGGCGGGGCGCCCCCUCCCGCCGUCCCCGGUCCGAGCCAAGGAGACCUGCAGAGCCGCGGCCAUGGAGGCCAUCUGGCUGUACCAGUUCCGGCUCAUUGUCAUCGGGGAUUCCACAGUGGGCAAGUCCUGCCUGAUCCGCCGCUUCACCGAGGGUCGCUUUGCCCAGGUUUCUGACCCCACCGUGGGGGUGGAUUUUUUCUCCCGCUUGGUGGAGAUCGAGCCGGGAAAACGCAUCAAGCUCCAGAUCUGGGAUACCGCGGGUCAAGAGAGGUUCAGAUCCAUCACUCGCGCCUACUACAGGAACUCAGUAGGUGGUCUUCUCUUAUUUGACAUUACCAACCGCAGGUCCUUCCAGAAUGUCCAUGAGUGGUUAGAAGAGACCAAAGUACACGUUCAGCCCUACCAAAUUGUAUUUGUUCUGGUGGGUCACAAGUGUGACCUGGAUACACAGAGGCAAGUGACUCGCCACGAGGCCGAGAAACUGGCUGCUGCAUACGGCAUGAAGUACAUUGAAACGUCAGCCCGAGAUGCCAUUAAUGUGGAGAAAGCCUUCACAGACCUGACAAGAGACAUAUAUGAGCUGGUUAAAAGGGGGGAGAUUACAAUCCAGGAGGGCUGGGAAGGGGUGAAGAGUGGAUUUGUACCAAAUGUGGUUCACUCUUCAGAAGAGGUUGUCAAAUCAGAGAGGAGAUGUUUGUGCUAGUCAGCUCUUUUAUUUCCAAAACAUGCUCUCCUACUUGAACUGAAAAGUAAGAGAAAUAAAUAGAAUCUUUGUGUAACUGACGAGAACUCAACCUCCAUUUGGAUACCAAGUGAGCCUCCUUCUCAGGGGGACUCUGACAGACUCAUGUGCGGGUGGAUGGGGGUGCCUGCGUGCUGUGACCAAGGGACUGAACUGUGGCCCAUGCUAGGCAGUGGCUGCUCCACGAGCCCUUUGUGGACCACAUGUUAAGGGCCUGGGGUUUAGGAAGCUAAGUCCCAGGAAAGCAUACCUACAGACAGGACAACUAUUACUUGGUAUUUGAGCUCAGGCCAUGAACAUAAAGAAACACAUAAAGGGGAAAAAAGUAUCACAUUGGGGACAAAGAUUAUGAGCUCUACUUAUUCCAUGAGAAUACCCUGCACCAAAGGUGUUUUCUGGGUUUGGUUAAAAGGUAACAAUUAGCUUUUAACAGCUUAUCUGUAAAAUGAGGAACAUAGACCAAAAGGUCUGGUGUUCAAGUAAAGAUGAUGUGAAUAUGAAAGAAAGGCUAUCUACACAGUUAUUAGCACAUUUGAACACCCUUGUGAUAGAAUUACCAGCUGUAUGAAACAAAUUGUCCCGUGCAAAUUACCCUAUAACUAGGAAAGGGACAAAGGUAAAGCCCAUUCAGGUAUUAUUGACAAGAGGGCUUUAAACAAGUGAAUAAUUGUACAACUAAAAAGACAUUCGAACUGUGUGGGCUAUAAGUGUUCUUAUCACCAAGACACUGGAUUUUUAUUGAAAGGAACCACAUACAGCAAUGGCAAUGGGGAGUGGGAUAGGGAUAAAAUACUCACCCCAAAUGACCUUGGCCAUCUGUCUGCCGUAUAUGUACACUGAGCUCCUGUCUACCCAAGAGAGUCAGCCCUUAAUUCUCAGGUGAACAAACAGCUAACUGCAUCAGCAAACUGGAAUGGCUGGCUUGAAGUUUCCAUUAUUUUCUUGAAGAGAGGUGAUGCUUUAAAUUACUUUUUGGAUUGUAGCCAGUUCAGCUAGGCAAAAGCCAUACUUUUCACAAUUAAAAAAAAAAACUAUUCUGAUUAGAGUCACGUUUCUCAUAUCCAUUGUGAUAGGAAGGCCUAAGAAUGGCAAAUUGCUUUGAGAUAUAUAUUGAACUUCAGCAUGAAUGUGACUGAAUCUGAAAGUUUGGGAAUUUGCUUCAGCCAGAAUAAAGAAGCCAAAUCAUGAAAAUUAUGGAAGACUGUUCUGCCACCUGUGCCCCAAGUUGGAUGAGCAAACCACUUUGGAUCAAUUCACAGCAUUAAUUACAAGUGAACUGAUCAUCUUCUCUAUAUUCAUUUCACAAGAGCUGGCUUAGGUGGGGUAAUUAAAUUGCCACCUUUAUGGUUGUAAAAGACAAAUAAAACAUGGCAAAUUUGAUUAACACAAAAUUUCAUCAACUGCUAUACUUAAGUAUUUAGAAGAUUCUGAAAGCAAGAUUAUCCAGUGGGUAAAUGAGAGUUGAGUGGAUUCUGUCAGUUCAAAAAAGGAAAGAAACAAAACUUCUCUACAAUUUUCUUGACUAAAAUUUAUUGUAUGUACACUAUUCCCACUCCUGGCAUUUUUUGGCAGGUUUAAAAAUAUUCAGCAUAAAUCCAGCAGAGGUGGCUGAGCUUAAUUGCUUAAAUAAGUUCUAGAAAAUUUAAAAAACAUUUUAGUAGAAUUCAGUACCAUUGUCACUGCAAUAAGUGGGUUUUAGAAAAUAAGUGUGAAAAAAAUCAGGUGUUAAUAUAAUACUAAGGAUAAAGCUUUAGAAGCUAUUUUACUACAUAGGUAAAGAAAAGAUAAACUAACUUGUAACAAAGACCACAACUGCAUGUUGGAUUAGAUUGUCUCAUAUUUCAGAAUAAAAUGUACUGUAUACUUUUCCUCACUUUGUUGUGCACUGUAAUGAAAUGUGAACAAUGCUUUAUUUAGCUGUAUGUGAAUGAAAAUAUGCUUGUAUUUAGUAAAAUGAUUGAUUAUGUGA